GCUCUACCAAUUGGAAUGGUCUUAGCUCCGAGCAACAGUUUCAGUUCAGUUGGAACAGCGCGCUCAGUUGAUUUGGACGUGUUCGCGGAGCUCUUACCCAAGCCACUCUUGAGCCACGAACAGAGAGUAAGGCCCAAAGAGCACAAGAAGAAUAAACAAACAAAAGCAGGCUCUCUCAGUGGUGGCUAUGAAAAUGAUCGGCAGCGACUACGUACUGGAAGCCCACAACAUUUUCCACACCACCGAGGUGGAUGGUGGUGGCUGUUUCAAUGGAGCCGGCAACUCGGCCCUGGUGCUUAAGGGCGUCAAUCUCACCGUGCACAGCGGCGAGGUUAUGGCCAUUCUGGGAUCGAAAGGCAGUGGUAAGAGGGCUCUCUUAGACGUCAUAUCAAGACGCGCCGAUGGAGCCACUCGGGGUCAGGUGCUGCUCAAUGGAUCACCACUCUCGAAGGCCUUGUUCCAACAGCGAUGCGGAUAUGUGACCCAGUCCUGCACCUUUGUUCCUGGUCUCACAGUGGCCCAGACCCUUCACUACACUCCCACCAUAUUGAGUGGUUACCUGAAGAGUUCCAAGGUGCGACAAGUGCUGGCGGAUUUGGCCCUCUCACAAGUGGCUCACAAGCGAGUGGAGUACUUGAAUAUCAGCGAGGCACGACGUCUGGCUAUUGGCAUCCAGUUGGUCAGAGAUCCUGUCAUGCUGUUGCUGGAUGAGCCAACCCAUGGCCUGGAUCCCUUGAGUGCCUAUCUGCUGAUAUCCAUUCUGUCCAACACGGCCAAGAAAACGGGUUGUGGUAUCCUACUUUCGCUGGAGAAGCCACGAUCCGAUGUUUUUCCAUUCCUGGAUCGAGCCCUGUUCCUCUGCCUGGGCGGUGUGGUUUAUUCCGGAGGCACUCGUGCCAUGCUGGAGUACUUCCACGGCAUUGGAUUUCCCUGUCCCCAGCUGGAGAAUCCCCUAAUGUACUAUCUCUGCCUGUCCACCGUGGACCGUCGAAGUCGGGAUCGAUUCUUGGAGUCCAGCCAGCAGAUCGAGGCAUUAGUGGAGCGAUUCUCCCGGGAAACUCCCAUCUCGGAUGCCCCGCUGAAUAAUAUGGGAUCUGGCAAGGUGCCACUGGCGUACGGAAAACCAGGGGAACUGAAAGUUUGGGUUAUGUUGUACUUAAAACUACUGGCAUCAACCUUCUCCUGCGGCCUGGUGGGCAUGAAGACACUAUUUCUACGCAUGCUUUUACUUCCUUUGGCCUUGAGCAUCUUGUGGGCCUUUUACACAGAAGUCGGGGACGAUGCCCAUGGAUUCUUUACCAAAAACGGCAUGAUCCUUAAUAUUUUGGGGUUGUCCUACGGCUGCGGAAUUCUGACCACCAUAUCCUUAUUUCCCAUUUGGCGCAAAAAGUUCUCACAGGACAACCCAGAGGGACUUUAUUCGGGAACUACUCUACUGAUUGCCUACAACUCAGUUUCUAUACCAUUCUCCGCUGUGUCCGCUGUAAUUGCCAGCUGUGUGGUUUAUCCUCUCCUCUUGGAUGUUAAGUACAACAAUGGCAUCGUCUUCGCCUAUCUGUUUGUUGCCCUUUGGUCCAGUUUUGUCCUUGCCGAGCAACUCACGAUCGCCUUCCUCUUGGUGGUCAAGGUUCCUUUCAACGCAGCCAUCGCAGUGACCUAUGUGCUGGUCAUCAGUAUUGCAUUGGCCAGUGGAACAGUGCGGUCCUUCAAAGGACUCCAGCCCUGGCUGCAGGACAACACAAAGGGCACCCACACGCGCUACGCAUCUUCCCUGCUGCACAGCAUCGCCUUCCAAUCGCGGAAACUCAACUGCACCCCCACCGCCUCCGUGAUCUGUCCCAAGCCAGCGGACUUUAUGCACGAGCGACUGGGAUUGCCGGAUCCGGAUGAAACCAUCGAUGUGGCCGCCUCUUGUGCAUUUGCCGUGGGACUGGCCGCCUUCAACAUGCUGGUCUACUUGUUUCCCAUGCCACGAUGUGUUCGCCAGAAGUUCAAGGACUGAGGAUCGUCAAUUUUGCAGUGCAGAAUUUACACUAAGUUUCCUUUAGACUUUAUUUUAAUUUAAUAAAAGACACUCUCAAAUUAUCUAUUUAAACGUAA